AUGUACGCCGCACGAGCUGCCAGGCCCAAGCUCUCUCUGAGCAUCUCUGCCGUCCAAGGCGCCUCCCAGUCGCUCCGCUCUCCUGGCCUGGCGAGCGCCAUGCCCCGGACGCCUGUGUCGCCGUCUCCCAUGAGCCCAGCCAACUCGCGCGAGUAUGCGACGCUGCAGCCAAGCUACUCGUACACCAACUCCAGUUCUGCCAAGGGCAUCCUCAAGAAGCACUCCCAGCAGAGCUCCUCCACGGGCGCCUCCAAGAAGAUCCAGUUCCAGAACACGCCCACGGUGUACUGCGUCACGCCGAUUGAGAACAAGGACGAGUACUACGGCGGCUAUGUGAAGAUGUCGCGCGACGAGCGACGAUGGGCGAUGCAUACAUGA